AUGACUUCGACAUUUAAAAGUCGAAUAACUUAUAGUGGUAGUAAUUUACUAGAGGAUUUGCGAAGAGAAGAUUCUGGUCAUUUUAAUAACUUCUGCAGAAUGCCACCAGCUACAUUUGACGUAUUACUAGAAAUGAUCACGCCUAUGAUUAAAAAAGAAGACACGAAUUUCAGAAAGGCUAUACCACCUCAAGAGCGACUAGCCUUAACCUUACAUUUUUUAGCAACUGGGAACUCUUUUUCCAGUUUAGCAAUGACCUUUAAAAUAUCAAAACAAACAAUUUCAACAGUAGUUCCUGAAGUUUGCGAAGCUAUUAUUCAAGUACUGCAAGAUCAAAUCAAGGUAAUUAUAAAAAUACAAUACACCAAAACAUAUUGA